UAAUGCAAAGCGAUCGAUGCAUUUUUCAGUUCAGUUUGCGCACAUAGCGCGAGGGGUUUUCAUGAAAGAAUCAAAAUUUAUCAGUGUUGACGUUUGAAUCUGACUUGCGCCCUCCGUCAAAAUGCAGCUCCAAUGGACUUUAGUGCUGUUGCUAGUCCUUACAGUGUAUUUGUCAUGGCCACCCCCUCCCUUGCCUGACGCAGCCAUCUCCUUCAGACAACGCGGGAACUUCUUUCAUUUCAAGUCGAGCAGUUCUGGAGAAUUUCAUCGUGUGUUUUAUAUAGACACACACGGUGAUGGACCCCAGAACAGAACAGCGGUGCUGUUGCACGGCUUUCCAAUGGGAUCUAUUGACUGGAGCUUGAUGCUGCCAGGCUUGCAGGAGUUGUACUCAAGGAUUGUCAUCCCGGAGGAGCUUGGGUUUGGCUUCAGCGACAAACCGGCGUUCUAUGACUACACCAUGGAUGGCCAGGCGGAGAUCGUCGAGGCGUUGCUGCAUCACCUCGGCGUCGACUCGGCUCACGUGCUCUCGCAUGACAUUGGUGCACUGGUCGGACAGCAGAUGGUUGUGCGGUCUAAUGAGCGCGAGUCUAGGCAGAGCACGUCUCUUCGUCUGCAGAGCUUCACCUCCAUCAAUGGCCCGUUGUAUCUGAGCCUGGAUAACCAGCUUGCCGUUCAGUAUGUGAUUCACCUGCCAGUAAUCGGAUAUGCCCUGUCUUUGUUCGGUUUUGAGGGGUUGUACCAGUUCAACCUCCGUGCCAUGUUUGGAGAGAAGAAUGUAGACGAGGCAACCCGCAAUCUCAGCUAUGCAAUGCUACGCCACAAGGACGGUCACUUGGCCCAGUCAAAGAUAUUCCAUUACAUGAAGGAGCGCGAGUGGUACGAGGCUGCUUGGAUCGCCGCACUGAAUUCCACAUCUAUACCAGUUAUGUACGUGUUCGGCCCCGAGGACUGGUUCCACGUCAGAGCUGGAUUUGAGCGGUACCAGCGAGAAGUGCCACGGGCCAAGGUGGCUGAGCUGGCUCGUGGGAUUGGUCACACUCCGCUGUGGGAAGCCCCGCAGGCCGCCGUGGACGUGCACCGCGACUUUCUAGACAGCGUUCAGUGAUACGUGUGCUUUACCCACGCUGCUGAUCAACACUCCUCCAGCACUCUGCCGGUGGUUGGAGGGUAAAAUAGUUACGUGUCGUCCGUCUGCUCUGCCGGUUGUACAGGAGAAUUUACAGAGUGUGUACGGGCAGCAGCCACGUCUGUUGUUCGUGGAUGCCGCGUAAGUUUGGCGUGUGUGUGUGUGACAACAAACCUGUGAGCUCCCGCUAAAAUAGGACAGCUACCAUUGCUUUUUUAAUAGAGGACGGCAACAGUAGAUACAUGUAAACUCCUGCAAUGGUGGGUUGUUUGAUGUAUUACUAUAAAGCCAAAUUCCUACGCCACGGGGAGUGCUUUUUACAACACAGCUACUGUCCGUGUAAUAGUUUCGUACCUUAGGACAUAUCCAUUCUGUUCUGCUUGCCUUGAAGCAGACCCGGCUGUCGUAUCAUGACAAUCAAACACUGCUACCGGGCAUACUACACGCAGUGGUCAUCAUGUAUAAGAGGAAGGACCAACGUGUUACGAGUUAUGACUAACCGUUCACCAACUCGUAACGUUCUUGUCCUUCCUCCUGUACAUGACUCCUGUUGGCUCAGCAUCCGAGUUUAAAUAAACCCAUGUAGUAGUCAUGGAAUUAUGCAAUACACACCUGAUUAUUAAUUAGUAGCAUACCGGUAUGAUGAAUAUGUUAUCCCGAACAACACACACACACACACACACACACACACACACUGCUCACUACUACACUAGUUUUUACUCUACAACCGCCGUAGAGUUGGACUAGUAGAGGCUUUUGCUUGCUGACCACGACGCUUCAAUUUCAUACUACCCGUAUUGCCAUUUUCUGCGAAGGCCUGCCAUGCUGUCCUAAUUAAUUAUUUUAGUUUUUUAAAGAAUUUCUUUGCACGUGCAUUCUAUUAGGAACUAGAAACAAUAAAGUGAAGCAAGUCACAUGUUCAUAGGCUGGCGUCCCAUUCCCCUUCUAUCAUGACAUUCAUGCGCAUCAUGGGCCAUGCAGAGUAGAACGAUGGAUUUUUUUAAAAUAAUUCCAUCGUUCAAGUCGUUGCACAUUUAAAAAAAUUUGUGUGGAGUUACCAUGGUUACGGAAAACAAUGGAGGGUGCCUUCACUGUACAUUCA